GUGAGAGUUUCAUUCCUGAGUGUUUAAGUGUUUUCAUACACUUUAAGGGAGUUUGUUCCCUUGUUGUAAACUCGAAGGAAGUUUCUUGUUCCUUCGUGAGAAGUCUUGGAGUGCGGUAUCUCCGAGCAAAGGUGUUGAGGCUCGUGUGACUCGGGUUCUCAAGUUGUAUCGCUACGGGUCAGUACAAGUCUCUAAGCAGCCCAACGACGCAUCCGAUUUGUCGGAGCGCUCCCCGUCAUCACUCAUUUCAGCCGCUCUGCUCCGCCGCCGUUGAGGAGCCGCGAAUCCGCAAAAUCCAGCACUACGAUCGCUAAACCCUAUACCUCUCCAUAUACAUCUGAACUCUCCCUCGUCUUCUCCAAAUCUUCCCAGCUGCUAAAGAGAUGCCUCCGAAAGCUGCCAAAGGCAAAGAGGCUCCGACUGAGCGGCCCAUUCUUGGCCGCUUCUCGUCUCACCUCAAGAUCGGAAUCGUCGGAUUACCAAAUGUAGGGAAAUCCACUCUUUUUAACACACUUACUAAGCUGUCUAUUCCCGCCGAGAACUUCCCAUUUUGCACUAUUGAGCCCAAUGAGGCUAGAGUUAAUAUCCCGGACGAGAGGUUUGAAUGGCUUUGCCAACUUCACAAGCCGAAGAGCGAGGUUUCAGCCUUCCUGGAAAUUCAUGAUAUUGCUGGACUUGUUCGAGGUGCUCAUGAAGGACAAGGGCUGGGGAAUAGUUUCUUAUCUCACAUCCGUGCAGUAGAUGGCAUUUUCCAUGUUUUAAGAGCCUUUGAAGAUCCAGACAUCAUACAUGUUGAUGAUUCUGUAGAUCCGGUGAGAGAUCUAGAGAUCAUUAGCGAGGAAUUGAGGCUUAAGGAUGCUGAGUUCUUAGAGAAGAGGAUUGACGAUCUUGAAAAGAGCAUGAAGAGGAGUAAUGACAAACAAUUGAAAAUAGAGCAUGAACUGUGCCUGAAGGUGAAAGCUUCUAUUGAUGAAGGUAAAGAUGUUCGUCUGGGGGACUGGAAAGCUGCCGAGAUUGAGAUAUUGAAUACUUUUCAGUUGCUCACUGCAAAACCUGUUGUUUAUUUGGUUAACAUGAAUGAGAAAGAUUAUCAAAGAAAGAAGAACAAGUUCCUUGCGAAGAUUCAUGCUUGGGUGCAAGAGCAUGGUGGUGAAACCAUUCUUCCAUUUAGUGCUUCUUUGGAAAGGAGUCUUGCUGAUAUGCCACCAGAUGAAGCUGCAAAGUAUUGUGAGGAAAACAAAGUACAAAGCGCCCUUCCUAAAAUCAUUAAGACAGGCUUUUCUGCAAUUAAUCUCAUAUAUUUCUUCACAGCUGGACCUGAUGAGGUAAAAUGCUGGCAAAUUCGCCGCCAGUCAAAGGCUCCUCAAGCUGCAGGAGCUAUUCACACUGAUUUCGAGAGAGGAUUCAUUUGUGCUGAGGUCAUGAAAUUUGAAGAUCUAAAGGAACUUGGUUCCGAGGCUGCUGUUAAGGCUGCUGGGAAGUAUAGGCAAGAAGGAAAGACGUAUGUGGUCCAAGACGGGGACAUAAUAUUCUUCAAGUUCAACGUCUCUGGUGGAGGCAAGAAGUGAGAUUUUUAUCUGCUGCUGUCUUCUGUCAAGCCCCUUUGUGGCAAAUUCAACGCUUUAUUACGACUGCAAACCCUUUAGGUAUAUGCUCUUCUUCUACAUUCACUCUUCUGCUAACCAAAUAGUAAGAUUUUUCUGCUAUGAUCUGAAAUAUUGUGGUAUGUGUUAGCAGGUGCAACUUAGUAAUACUUUUAUAUGCCUACAAUUGUUUCCCACUCCCCCUUUCAUUUUCAUGUGGAAUGAAUAGUAGCCUGUUUU